CUCACUUUGAACCACCAGCAUGCAUUUCUCUUCUUUCGCGACUGUUGCGGCUCUUGUUGCUACUGCGUGUGCAGCACCAGCCAAUGUCCAGCGCCAUGUCCUUCACCAGAAGCGUGCUCCAUCCCACAACUGGAUCAAGAGAGAUCGUGUCCACAGCGAGUUGACCCUGCCAAUGCGCAUUGGCUUGACUCAGUCGAACUUGGACAAGGGCCAUGAGUUGCUCAUGGAGGUUGCCGAUCCGGCCUCUCCCAAAUACGGCAAGCACUACACUGCAGAGCAGGUCCACGAGCUCUUCGCUCCAGCCACCGAAGCUGUCGACGCCGUUCGAAGCUGGCUCGAGUCUGCCGGUGUCGAAGGCCACCGUAUCACACAAUCUGUCAACAAGCAAUGGAUGGAGCUAGAUCUCUCCACUGCUGAGGCAGAGGCACUUCUCCAGACCAAGUACCACUUCUUCGAACAUGCACAAAGCGGCAAGACCACUAUCGGUUGUGAUCAGUACCAUGUGCACGAGGACGUCAAGGACCACGUUGACUACAUCACCCCGGGCAUCAAGCUGCUCGCUUCACGCAAGCCAAAGAAGGCCGAGCUAGAGAAGCGUACUUUCGGAUGGGGCAAGGAACCAACGCUGCCACCGCUCAAGGCUCCCCUGCCAGCAUCACUCACCGACCUUCUGCUGAAGCCUCUUGAGGUCCUCUGCGACAUUGCAAUCAUUCCAGGUUGCAUUAAGCUCAUGUACAACUUCACCGAUGCCACAACCGCACAGAAGGGCAACGAAUUGGGUAUUUUCGAGGACCUCGGUGACUACUACGCUCAAGAGGAUCUCAACCUGUUCUUCGCCACCCUUCAGCCUCGCAUUCCCCAGGGUACUCAUCCAACGCUGGAGGGCGUCGAUGGAGGCACUGCGCCAACUUCGGUCGCAAACGCUGGCCCAGAGUCCGAUCUUGACUUCCAGAUCAGCUACCCAAUCAUCUACCCACAGAAUUCCAUUCUUUUCCAGACUGAUGACCCAGUGUACGAGGCCAACUACACCUACAAUGGCUUCUUGAACAACUUCUUAGACGCCAUCGAUGGCUCGUACUGCACAUACAGCGCUUUCGGCGAGACUGGCAACAGGCAAGACGAUCCACCAUACCCACACAAUGUCCCAGGCGGCUACAACAAGCCACUCCAGUGCGGUGUCUACAAGCCAACCAACGUCAUCUCCGUCUCAUAUGGUGGUCAAGAGGCCGACCUCGACUUCAACUACCAGAAGCGUCAAUGUAGCGAGUUCAUGAAGCUCGGCAUGCAGGGUGUUUCCGUCCUCAUCUCAUCUGGUGACUCAGGUGUCGCUGGCCCAGCUGGAGACGACAGCGACAACGGCUGUCUUGACGGUGGCAAGACCUUCAGCCCAGACUUCCCUGCUUCUUGUCCAUACAUCACUGCCGUGGGGGCUACUCUCCUGACCGGCAGUGCCUCCAAGGACCAGGAGACUGCUGUCACCCGUUUCGGAUCCGGAGGUGGCUUCAGCAACAUCUACGCUAUCCCGAGUUACCAGAAGACUGCUGUCAGCAACUACUUGACUGCGCACACGCCACCAUACAAGUCCUACGCCACUCAAGCCGAGCGCUCCGCCGGCGGUGUCUACAACCGCACCGGCCGUGCCUACCCAGACGUCUCAGCCGUCGGUGACAACAUCGUCAUCUUCAACAAAGGUGCUCCAACUCUCAUCGGAGGCACAUCUGCAUCCUCCCCAGUCUUCGCCAGUAUCUUGACCAGAAUCAACGACGAGCGCUUGAAGGCUGGCAAGCAGCCUGUAGGAUUCGUCAACCCAGCUCUGUACGCAAACCCUCAAGUUCUUCAUGAUAUUACCCAGGGUAACAACCCUGGCUGUGGAACAAAUGGAUUCGCUGCAAGCUCUGGUUGGGACCCGGUCACUGGAUUGGGAACUCCUAAUUACCCGGCUAUGUUGAAGUUGUUCUUGAGCCAGCCGUAG